AUGGGCUUCAAACGUAAACAUUCGACCGAAGACUCAUCCCUUUCCAUCGCCAGCUUCCGCGCCUUCUCCAUAUCCGACACACCAUGCAUCCCACAGUACGACCCAUACUUUGAAGUGAGUUCGCGGUCAAAUGCCUGGGAUUUCAGUUGUGCAAGUCGAGUCAAGAGCAGCGAUUGGGGCAACCGCACGCGUAAAAGGGUGCGCGAUAGCAGGCCUGAUGAGCGCGAGGUACAUGAAAACACACUGAACAAACUCUACGCCGCCCAACGCAACCAUCUCGACGCCAUGCAAUGUGACACACCACCAGUCAAAGAAUCCGCCACCAUACCUACCACCAUGCCCGUGUCCAAACCUCAGAAAUCAACACUGCAUUCCUUCUGGAAACAACUGCCUGCACCGCCCGUCCAGCCCAUCUUCUCUGUCCCUGUUCAGCAAGACCAGAUUCCUUCACACCUACCCACCUGCGAUGACUGCGACACACCGCUGCAAAGUGGAAACGAAAGCAUGGACGUGGAUAUGGAUCUGGACAUGCGCGGUCCCCUUGAGAGAUCCCCUUUCGCCUGCAACGACUGUGGCAAGAAUGUCUGUGGCACGUGUGCUGUUGUGUCGACGACAAGGCAUUGUCUUCAGUGCGCUACUUCAGGGAGGAACUCGAGGAGGUGGUGGUAG